AUCGACUUUUGUAUAAAAGGACCGCCGGCCGGCACAUCUAGCAUAAGCUUACCUGCUUUCAAGAAGUAAACGAGCAACUCACAACCCAAUCAACAUGUUCAAGUUGGCUGUUCUCGUCGCCAUCCUGGCUGUCGCUACCGCUGCCCCUGGAGGUCUCACCGGCAUCGUCGCUGACCACGGACUCGCCCCGAUCCACGCUCCCGUGGUCGUCGCGCACGCUCCAGCUCCCGUGGCCAUCGCGCACGCUGCUCCAGUUGCCCAUGUGAUUGCCCAGCCUGUUGCCCCCAUCGUCCGCACCGCUCCCAUCGUCACCAAGUCUGUGGUGGCUCAUGCUCCCCUGCCCCUUCUCGCUGCCCAUAGCUUGCAUUAAAUGACAAACUGACAACCCUAUCUUACCACCACCAAAUCACGACGAGACAAUCCCACCCACCCCUCUCACCGUCCACCCACACCCGUCCACCCCCUGGAAAACACGUACACUCAAUCCCUCUAAUUUCUCGUUAAAAUCGUCCGCCACCCGAGAGAAAAACGAACAAGGAAAAUCGAAGAACGAGAGCACGAAGGGAAGGACAGAUCAGAGAAAAGAAAACUCGAGGAUGGAACGAGAAAAUCAAAUCUCCUGGCCAUCUCACCAUCGAGACGACGUCCGCCCACCAGGUUCGGCCGGACUCUUCCCUUUCGGCGACCAUCCGCGAUUCUGAGAUCAUCGACGUAAUUCGGACCACCGCAUCUCAAUCAUUGCACCAUCAUCCAGGAUCCCUUCCCCCUUUGGUCAUAUGGAAUUUUAAUAAAAUUUUAUUUAAAAAAAAAGAACACGAAACAAACAAACGAAACGGA